AUGCAGUAUGACCAGAGUCUGGAUGAUUCUCGUGGUUUUAAUAUAACCGAUAACGCAAACAUCAAACCCUAUUUAGGAGAGCCUGCUUUACAAAGGAACGAUCAUCUUUUUCUUCGUCCUCAUUCAAUGAAGUCUAGUCAGUCUGUCUCCCCUACUGGUGAAGCUGUAAUAGAGCGCUUCCAUAGCCAAACAGGUGCAAAACAAUCCAUGGAGGAUAGUCCUACUUUUAGCAUGGAUGAUUGCCUAAAUUAUUUAAUGACCAGUUCCUGGCUCGAUCUGCUGCUUGACUUGUUGCCUUGGGUCGUGGACCUGUCUGGAGGGCCGGAUUUCUUCGCUCAGCUAGCAGCUUGCGAUUACGAUCACGUGGUCAACUGA